AUGCCGCCCCCGGAGGCGCCGCCCGGGCCCAGCGUCAGUGUGGUGGUGGUGGUCGGCGGCUCCUGCGUGCUGCGCUACAGCCGCCCCCCCCCGCCGCCCCCCGCCCCCAGCCCCCCCCCGGCCUGGGGGCAGCCCGGAGACCCAAGGGGGGAGCGGGGGGAGCUGCUGGUGCUGCUGCGGAGCCUCGGCCCUGGGGCCCCCCCUGAGCCCGUGGCCGCCACCAGCUUCGUGGGGCCUGAGCCCCGGGACCUGCUGCCUGCUGCUCCGGAGCUGCGCAGUCCCAGCAGUGCCGGGGGGGGGCUGGGCCACGGACUGGGCUGGCCACAGGACUCCCCCCCGUUCGCGGUGGAGCUGCCGCGGGGCCCGGGCGGGUUCGGGUUCAGCCUCCGGGGGGGCCCCGCCGGGGUUUUCGUGCGGGGGCUGCGCGAGGGGGGCCCGGCCCAGCGCUGCGGCUGCAUCCAGGUCAGUGACGAGCUCCUGGCCAUCAACGGGGCCCCCACGGCCGGCAUGAGCCACGCGCAGGCGCUGGCCCGGAUCCGGGGCGGGGGCAGCCGCCUGCGCCUGCUGCUGCGCCGCCCCCACGGGGCGCCCCCAGCCCCGCUGGCGCGGGGGGGUGCUGCGGCUGUGCGUGGGCAGCUCCCCGCGGGGGGAGCCCUGCUUCUGCCUCGUGGGGGGGCUGCACCCCUGACCCCCCGGACCCCGCACACGGACGGUGACGGCGCAGCGAGGUUCGCCCCCCGCCCCCCCCCCCCAAUUUUUUGGUGCUUUGGGGGGCCCCCAUCGCGGGGGGGUCAUUCUGGUACCCCUCGUUUUGGCGGGGGCGCACUUCGAGCUAUGCAAUACCCCCCCACCGCGUUCCGGGGGUCGCACGGAGGUGUUGUCCCCCUCCCCAUUUCGGGGUGCUCAAUAAAGGUGAGGACCCCACGGUGGCUCCCGUUUCCCACAAGGACCCCCCCCGUUCCUUCCCUGCCCGCAUCCGGCGGGCGGGGCGCUGCCCACAUCCGCUGA